AUGUCUUCGACAUGCAACGACAAGGAUUCGAGUCCAACACGACACCUGAAGAGUUUAGGCGAGUUGAAACUCGCAACAACUCGUAGCCAAAAGUCGCCACAGUGUGACAGGGGCUUAAAACGGUCCGCUGCAGGCGGCGGAUGUGCGUUCAUAACGACACUGACGUCAAUCUCCAUGAGUGCCAUAGCAACGAACGGGAUAGUGCCUGCAGGCGGCUCGUACUUCAUGAUUUCCCGGGCGCUUGGCCCGGAGUUUGGGGGCGCCGUGGGAUGUCUCUUCUACCUGGGUUUCACAGUGGCCGGCUCCAUGUACGUCAUAGGGGCCAUUGAGAUCCUUGUGACAUUUAUAGCCCCGAACAUUUCAUUAUUUGGUGACGUCACUGAACUCUCGAACGCCAUCAACAAUUACCGCGUGUACGGCACGUGUCUUUUGCUACUCUUAUUUCUCCUCUGCUUCGUUGGAGUGCAGUUCGUGGCCAAGUUCGGGCCCGUGUCGCUGUUCUGCGUCAUAAUCUCCAUUAUUUGUAUCUACAUCGGCUUGUUCAUCGCCUCGCCAGAAAGAAGCGUCAAGAUAUGUUACCUCGGCGAGCGGCUUUUGACGUUAGCGUCGGUGACGGUGAACGGCACGAUGAUGUGCACGCGGAAUGAGAGCGGGCCGCUGUUCGCGCGUUACUGCACGGUACGGGAGAACGGCACGUUCUGUGACCCGUACUUCUUGGAGCACGAGACUCGCCUUGUCCCCGGCAUACCCGGCUUCACCAGUGGCAACUUCAUAGAAAACAUUCCCCACCGGUACACGGAGAAGGGUAACAUUAUCGGACAGACGGUACCGGGGGAUCGGGACCGGGGGGAGAUCAUAGCCGACCUCACAUCCACAUUCACUGUCCUCAUGGCAAUCUACUUCCCAUCCGUCACAGGGAUAAUGACGGGGUCUAACAUGUCGGGGGACCUGAAGGAUGCCCAGAAGUCCAUACCCACUGGCACAAUCGCUGCCGUACUAUCAACAUCCGCCGUCUAUCUGUCCCUAACAUUAGGAUUUGCAUCCUGCAUCGAAGGGGACCUCCUCAGGGAUAAAUUGGGCGAGUCUCUUGGCGGUGGCCUGGUGGUGGCCUACGUAGCCUGGCCCACCAAGUGGAUGGUUCUUAUUGGAGCCUUCCUUUCCACAAUCGGCGCUGGCCUACAGUCAAUCAACACUGCGCCGCGACUGCUGUACGCGAUCUCCAAGGAUGGAAUCGUGCCCUUUCUCAAGGUGUUUUCCGUCACGAAACGUGGGGAACCCUUCUAUGCCCUCCUGCUCACCGUUGGUAUUGCGGAGGCAGGCGUUCUUGUCGGCAAUCUCGACCACGUCACUCCCGUCAUUACAAUGUUUUUCCUGAUGUGUUAUUUGUUCGUGAACAUGGCGUGCGCUGUGCAGACCUUGUUGAGAGCCCCUAGCUGGAGGCCCCGUUACAAGUUCUACCACUGGUCUCUAUCGCUGAUCGGUGUUGGCCUAUGCACUACUCUAAUGAUCAUCUCCAGCUGGUACUUUGCUCUGGCGGCCUUCGUGCUCGCUGGCGGAAUCUACAAGUACAUCGAAUACAAGGGUGCAGAGAAGGAGUGGGGAGACGGUAUCCGAGGCAUGGCCAUGUCCCUUGCCCGCUAUUCACUGCUCAAGGUCCAGCAAUCCAAGCCCCAUACCAAGAACUGGAGGCCACAGAUGCUGGUGCUGAGCAAGCUGAACGAUCAUUUGAUACCGAAGUACCAGAAAAUGAUAACUUUGGCUGGUCAGCUGAAGGCAGGGAAAGGGUUUGUGUUGGUGUGCAGUGUCCUUGACGGUGAUGUUAAACGAAGGGCGCCCGACAUUGACAGGGCUAGAGAGAACAUUCAGAAGGUAAUGGAACAGGAAAAUGUGAAGGGUUUCAAGGACGUGCUCGUCUCCAAAAGCCUGCUCGACGGGCUGUCUUACCUAGUGCAGACUGCCGGCCUUGGAGGUCUACGGCCCAACACGGUGAUGAUUGGAUGGCCUGAAGACUGGAGACACGCGCAAAACAACGAUACACACAACAUCCCAUACAAACAUUUUAUACAUACUGUCGAGGUGAUAGAGGCUAUGGGCAAGGCGCUGCUGGUAGUGAAGGAUUCUACUGAGUUCCCGGACAACCAGACCAAGAUGCGGGGAACCAUCGACGUCUGGUGGAUAGUCCACGAUGGCGGCUUGCUGCUCCUAUUGCCCUACCUCCUCCGCCAACACCGCGCCUGGAAAAACUGCAAGCUCAGGGUCUUCACUGUCGCCCAAAUUGAAGAAAAUACCAUUCAGUUAAAGAAAGACCUACAGAAGUUUAUGUAUCAGCUCAGAAUAGAGGCGGAGGUUGAAGUUGUCGAAUUGUCGGAGACAGACAUAUCGGAGUACACGUACGAGCGGACACUGGAGAUGGAGCAACGGGCGGAAAUGCUGAAUAAACUCAAGGACAGACGGGAGAGUGCCACUCAAAGGCAACUGGAAACUGUCGAUAAUAUCCGCCGAGGCAGCAGGCAUGAAAUCAAGAUCGACCUGCCCCAUGUUGAGGAUGACGGGGAAACCCAGCAGUACACAUUUACUCCCUCUAGUAGUAAGCGGCCAAGCACCAUGAAGUUUCUCGCGGAACCAGUUAACAGGCAUAUACCGACUGAAGAAAAUGUUCAUCAGAUGCACACGGCGGUUCGCUUGAACGAGCUGAUCCGAGCAAACUCUUGCGACGCUCAACUUGUCAUUGUCAACCUCCCACCACCGCCGCACGUAGGCGCCACUGACGACAACAGUGACCUUCAUUACAUGGAGUUUCUGGAGGUAUUGACGGAGGAUGUAGGGCGCGUACUCAUGGUGCGAGGCAGCGGUACCGAGGUCAUCACCAUCUAUUCAUAAACAUAGCAACAUGCUGCUACAUGGGUGCAGCGCGUGGACACGUGUGAUAUGCGUAUACACUGGAAUUGUAAAUGAGCACAUACAGUAUACUUACCACACAAUGAUAUAAAAUAUUGUGGCUGUGCUAUUGUUCAACAAUAGUAGUUUAAUUCCAUACGUUUGGACAACUGGAAUAAUAUAUCCAAUUUACAAAAAUAAAGGAGAUAAAAAGAACCUGUAAACUACCGUCCUGUCACAAUUUUAAGUUGUGUUCAGUGUGUUUAACAAUGACAAUAAUAUCAUCAAUAAUUGUUAAUCUGGCUUUAGAAAUGGAUUUUCGACAAACAGCUAUUUACAAAGUGUGGAGAUACGGAUUGUGGGAAAAGGUACAAAAUUGCAUUAUUAAAAAAAUAUGCGUUUAUUACGUGAACUCCUUCAAAGUACUCUGAUCUGCUUUAGACAAGGUGAAAGUCGUUCACACCUGCAACAUGUGCUUGAUGCUUAUAGAUAAUAGUUACUGUACUAUUUCAAUGAUAACUUUUUGUACAACAAAGCCUGAGGAAGUAGCAUUUUCUAAGCGGAAACCAUAACAUUUUACCAUACAGCUAGAAUACAUGUUACAUCUCAGGCAAUAAGAGCAACAUGAUUUUCAUUUAAGAAACUCUAGUAGUCUCAAUGUAUCUCCAAAUAGACUUAUCUGAUGAAACAAUUAAACCAAUUUCACUUUAUUGGGCAAACAUAUGGCGAAAAGGUUAUUUAUGUUGUACUGAAUGAGUUCAACUAAAGUUUUUAUCAAAAACUAUUAUUACAAAAAGUUCAGCUAUGCGGUGAUCAUAUACCAAACUGUAUGGCUUAAUAAGGAGAAACUAUAACCACACAAAUAUUCUUGCAUACCGGACGUGGGUUUCCGGUCAUGUGACCGGUGCUGGAAAAACUCAUCUUACACCCCCCAUGUAAGAUGAGUCACGCGCAACAACGCGCCACUUUUUAUUUCUUUUAUUGUAUGGUUUAUGAAAGGUAUAGUAUGCAAUUUCAAUAAAGCGGAAUCAAAAAUAUAAGUUUACAAUACUUUUAAUUAAAAUUGAAAAUAAAUAAUCUUAAAAGCGCGAUUUUUAAAGGGACUAUUUGACGUCGAUAGUGAUUUAAAAUUACUGCGCUUUAUGACGGCAGUACACAACGUCGCACGCGCAUUUUGGUAAAAUGUACAAAAGUACGUUUUCUAUGUCAAUUUUCCCACAAUUUUAGGUAUGCAAGAAAAAAUAUCAAUCAAUGUUUUUCCGGUCCGGAUCGAAAAAUCCGACCCUCGGGCACGCUGCGUGACCGGUAACUCGGCAAGCCCCGUUACCGGCAUACGCGCGUGCCCUCGGGUCGGAUUUUUCUAUCCGUACCGGAAACACAUGAUAGAUACUUAUAUUCUUGCACACCGGACAAUGUGUUUCCGGUCAUGUGACCGGUGCUGGAAAAACUCAUCUUACUCCCCCAUGUAAGGUGAGUCACGCGCAACAACGCGCCAUUUCUUAUUAGUCGGCGCCCAGAAGGGCGCCAACUAUAUUUGAUAUUACUUUAGAAAUAUUCCAACUUAGGGACUAGUUCAUAAAUUGCAGAACAAUGCUUUCAAUAGUUUCGACGUUGCAUGAUAAAAUAUGAAGUUUAGUAUGUUUUAUAAACACAUGAUAGAUACUUAUAUCAUUAUAUAUCGAAGCAUAAUUGUUUUUUGGACAAGUUUGUGUAAUUAUAAUGAUGAUAAUAAUAUCAGUAUCUACUAUAGUGAGCAAGAAUCCACAGGCUACCAAUAUAAACAGCUAUAUACACGGAAACAAUCACUUACUUACUCUUAAGACAUCUCGGUAUUUUAUGAAAAUAUAAAUUUCAAAGGAAAUACAUUAAUUCAAUUGGCAAACAAAGAAGGACAAACUGUAAUGCAAAGUAACAUCGGUCAAGUUAAUGUCAAAAAGGACAUGCACUGUGAUUGGGCCACGAGUCGUUCUAAUACCCGAGCAAUAACAGCCUUUCCGCAAUACGGCACAUAAUAAGCAAAAGUGAUUAUACUAAAUUAUUUCGUUGUCACGAAAGAGUUAUUUUGACAGCUUACAUUUAAAAAUGUUUUAUAUUUGCAAAGAAGUAAAGCAGUCGAAAGGAAGUGAAAAAUCAACAAAUACGUUGAUUUUCUAAAAACCCAUUGACAAUAAAGACUAAUAGACAUUUAAGAAUGUAAAGGUGACAAGCAGUUUCAUGACAUUGAACUCGUAUGUCUAUCUUUCAUUAAAAUGCAUCGAUAGAACAUUUUUCUAAAUGCUGACCUUUUAAAUUUUGACCCCAUUAAAUUAAAGAAGAUUAUUAUUAUAGAAGAUAAUUGUUUGUUUCAGUGUAAGAUCGCAAUAUAUUUCACAGAGUGGCUAAAUUUUGGUGUUCGUGCUCGCGGACUGAAACGAUUUUUUAUUAUUAUAUGCUAAAAUGAUAUAAAAAGAGCAUUUUAUUGAAGUUUAUCAGUAAAGCGCGCCAAAUGAUAUGUGAAAGGAAUGUCAUUUCGGAUAUUUUCUCCGUUUAAACAAUGAAAUAUCUUUUUUUUCACUGAUCAAUCUUUAUAAACCACCGAAAGCAUAUAAUAAAUAUGCAUAAAUCGUGUAAUAAAAACCUGUUACAGUUUAUUAACGGAUUGGAUGCUUUUCUGUUGAUUUUUUAUAUAUAAUUUCUAUAAAUACAUGUGUGUGUGUGUGUGCGCGUGCGUGUGUGUGUGUGUGUGUGUGUGUGUGUGUGUAUGUGUGUUUGUCACUAUUUACGACUAUGUUAAGGUUGUAUUGAUGUAUAAUACUGUAAAUAUGUUUUGGUGAUUGGAUCCCUUGUAUAUACAUGUACGAUAUUUUAUGAUGUAUAUAAUGUCAGACAUGAAAUAAAUCAGUCAGACAUGUGG